AUUAUUCAGACUGAUUAUGUGUGUUUGUUGCGCGGAGAAGGGAGUCUGCGAGGAGAGAGAGAGAGAGGUAGUAACUAGGCUACACAUCUAACGGGGUAAACCUGGACGAAAGAACAGGUUUUUAUUGCACGUUUUAACGGUAACAAAAUAAAAUUGGAUUGUAUAGUAGGGUCGCUUGAAGAAGGGACAUUUCGCUGGGAGUUUUUCAAGCAGUGUGCCUUCUCAACCUUCGUACACAGACUUCUAGUAGUUUGGAUAGGCUAGCCCGCCGGGGAGAGUUUGUUGGUUAGCUCUAGCUGGUUAUUUUGUUGCGCGUUAGGCGCUCCAGUUGUUGUUGAACUAUGGCGCUCAAGGCGAGGGCUUUAUACGAUUUCAAUUCCGAAAACCCCGGUGAGAUAUCAGUGAAAGAAAAUGAAAUAGUGAGUCUGUACAGCGAACAGGACAUUGAAGGAUGGCUAGAAGGGUCCAACAGCAAAGGCGAGAGAGGUCUCUUCCCCGCGUCCUACAUCGAGAUCCUGAAGAACGAUACCGCGUCCACGUUUAACAACGACACAUCUGGAUCCCGAUACGCCAAUAUUCCAACCGGAGGUUUCGGGGACGCCUCCUCUUAUAAAAUCCAGAAUCAAACUGACAACUUGUCCAAAACAUCGGUAACAUCGCCCGGGUUUACAGCGUUCUCACCGCCUGCCCCAGCACAGCAGCAGCAGCAGAAUAUUUAUCAAGCCAGCCAGGGCAGCGACGAAGACUGGGAUGACGACUGGGAUGACAGCUCGACAGUGGCCGACGAACCCGGGGUUGUUGGGGGUAAUUACCAAGGGGACUUUGAUGGCAACGGACCGUCUAAAUACAGAAUGUCAACAUCUACGUCUAAAGGUAGCAACGUUCAACAAGCCAAGAGCUCUGCUACGGUCAGUAGAAACCUCAAUAGGUUUUCAACAUUUGUGAAAUCAGGAGGGGAAGCGUUCGUGUUAGGUGAGGCAGCUGGGUUUGUGAAAGAUGGGGAUAAGAUAUGUGUUGUAACGGGACAAUACGGCCCAGAAUGGCAGGAAAACCCAUACCCCUUCGCCUGUACCAUCGACGACCCCACCAAGCAGACCAAGUUUAAAGGGAUGAAGAGUUACAUUGCCUACAAGCUGACGCCCACCCACACACAGACCCAGGUAAACAGAAGGUAUAAACACUUUGACUGGCUCUAUGGCCGGCUGGUGGAGAAGUUCCCUGUCAUCUCUGUGCCCCACAUCCCGGAGAAACAGGCCACGGGGAGGUUUGAAGAGGACUUCAUCUCUAAAAGGAGGAAAGGGUUGAUAUGGUGGAUGAAUCACAUGACCAGCCACCCGGUCCUGUCCAAGUGUGAUGUCUUUCAGCACUUCCUCACCUGCAACAGCACAGAUGAGAAGUCAUGGAAGCAAGAGAGGAAGGCGGAGAAGGAUGAAAGUGGGGCUAACUUCUUCCUCACUAUCUCCACGCUCCGGACCCCCCUGGACCUGGUCGAGGUCGAGUCCAAGAUCGACGCUUCAAAGCUUUCACCAAGAAAAUGGACGAACAGCGUGGUCCAAGUCAACGCCACCACCAACGAAUUCGCCCGGAAACAGAUCACAGGGUUUAAGAAGGAGUACCAGAAAGUGGGCAGGCGUUUAAAUACUGGGCCAGCGUUUGAGCUGGACCAGCAGGCGUAUUCAGUAGGGUUGAACCAGGCCAUAGCUUACCAUGGAGAGGCAUACGAUGCUAUCGGAGACUACUUUGCAGAGCAGCCAAGACAAGAUGUGGAUCCGUUAAUGGAUUUGUUACAGCUGUACCAGGGACAUCUGGCCAACUACCCUGACAUCAUCCACGACAGAAAGGAGCACUGACCAAGGUCAAGGAGUCCCAGAAGCACGUUGAGGAAGGCAAGAUGGACGCUCCCCAGGC